AAGAGCAGACAACCUGCCGCAGACACCGUCGAAGAGAUGGACACCGGUGCCGAAGGCGAUGGUGAAUCUCUAACAGAAGACAGAAGCGACACUGGUGUCAGGUCUGGGAAGAGGAAAGACCGUAACUCUCCUGACCCAACGGUCAACCAAGUAAUGAAGAAAAAGGACACAAAACCAAGUCCUCCGAAAGAAGUGGCGGCACGGAGUGCCAAAAAUAAGGAGGUCGACGCGUGGCAAAAAGUAGAAUCGAAGAAGAGAAGGCCGGAGCAGGAUCACCUCCCAAAGCAAUUGCCGAAGGAGCCACGACCGGAACCUAAGCGGAAAAAAUCGCGCAAAUGGAUCAAACCUGACGCGCUGAUAAUCCGCCCUGCCGAAAAAGAGAAGUAUUCCGAGAUAUUGCGCCGCAUAAAGCGUGAUGUCCCAGCAGACCAGGUUCGAAAUACCGUCGAGAAGGACCAUCACAGGAAUUCUUCAAGACGAUGCUAAGGUAGUCUGUAAAGGUCCACAGGAGACCAUUGAGAUUCGAGACAUCGACGAAGAAACGACGAAGGAAGAGAUCCAGGCCGCCCUG